GAUCACACAUGACGGGUCACAUGACGGAGAGCAGUGGUUCUACCUCCUGCUUCACUGGCUACACGGAGCGAGGCUAGCUGUUAGCUUCAACUAUCUGUCAGACUGUCAGACGGCCGAGAUGAGUUUCCUAGGAGGUUUGUUUGGGCCGGUAUGUGAGAUAGACGUACUGCUGAAUGAUGCAGAGAACAGAAAGACAGCCGAGUUGAAGACAGAAGAUGGGAAAGUGGAGAAACACUACCUGUUCUACGACGGAGAGUCUGUGUCUGGCAAGGUAAAUCUAAAUGUGAAGCAGGGAGGAAAACGUCUGGAGCAUCAGGGCAUCCGCAUCGAGUUUGUUGGACAGAUAGAGUUGUUCUCUGAUAAGAGCAACACUCAUGAAUUUGUGGACUUGGUGAAAGAGUUGGCUCUACCUGGAGAACUCACCCAGAACAGGAGCUACGAUUUUGAGUUCAUGCAGGUGGAGAAGCCCUAUGAGUCCUAUACUGGAGCGAAUGUCAGGCUACGGUAUUUCCUCAGGGUGACAAUAGUGCGUCGCCUGUCUGACUUGGUGAAGGAAUACGAGCUGAUUGUCCACCAGUUGGCCACCUACCCAGACGUCAACAACUCGAUCAAGAUGGAGGUCGGCAUAGAAGACUGUCUGCACAUUGAGUUUGAAUACAAUAAAUCCAAAUACCACCUCAAGGACGUGAUUGUUGGGAAGAUCUACUUCCUGCUGGUCAGGAUCAAGAUCCAACACAUGGAGCUACAGCUCAUCAAGAAGGAGAUAACUGGCAUAGGUCCCAGUACUACCACAGAGACGGAGACGGUUGCAAAGUAUGAAAUCAUGGAUGGAGCUCCAGUUAAAGGAGAAUCAAUUCCCAUCAGACUGUUCCUGGCAGGAUAUGACCUGACACCCACCAUGAGGGAUGUCAACAAGAAGUUCUCUGUACGCUACUUCCUUAAUCUGGUGCUGGUAGAUGAAGAGGACAGGAGAUACUUUAAACAACAGGAGAUUGUUUUGUGGAGAAAAGCUCCAGAGAAAAUAAGGAAAAUAAACUUUCAGCGCUACGAGUCGCCUGAGCCCCGAACCCAGCCAGUGAAAGAAGAGCAGCCAGAGAUGUGAUUGCAAGGCUAUGAACUGAAAAUACACACAGAAACACACCAACUCUUCACUGCUGAACAGCCAGAGGUGUGAGGGCUGCCCCACUAUCUCCCUGGACUGAGAAAUGUACACAUGAAUACACGUAACAUACAUUCAGACAUGCCCGUCACUCCUCCACAGCUUCAGAUGUAAGCGGCCCGACCAACUUCACUCUCUCCCCCAGGACUGAAACACACUCGCAUACAGCAAACAAGCAUAGGAUCCAUGAAGGCUGAAAGCUCAAUGUCAAGGUAAGAGCGCAAAUCAAACCAACCCAAGUUAGGAACAGGGAGGCAGUCUGUUUGAUCUUCGGGUCUCAGAGUGAAAACAUGCACACACAAGUGAAGCCGUACAGUCUGUUUGCUGAAGGCAUAAAAAGACAAGAGCAAAGACGGAAAAGAGGAGAUGGCCACAGACGACCACCUCACCACUUAUCCCUUUGUUCUGCAGCAAGAGCUUCUUUUGUUUGCAUAUUUGGACCGCACUUAUCCUGGACUUUCUCUGGCAUCCUGAACCCCUGUUACAAAAUUUAAAAAGUCUGAAUGGGAUAGCCGGUGAUUUAAAGUAUUCAAGUCAUGUGUGGAGCGGCCUGAACGAAGGAGACGAGAGGCUAAGCGAUGAGUCAACAGUCAGCUGUGUUCUCGUUCAGCCAUCUAGGUGGGAAAUGAAAAGAGUUUCUCAGUUAAGUGUGUUGUAACAGCUCACUGGCUGCUUCUUCCAUGCAAAUGUCUGUGUGGUGCAACAAAUAUCCAUUUUAACAUAAAUUGAAUCUUACAUUUAAUUUUCAAAUGUGUCUGUUUUGUGGAAAUGAAAACAUUUUCCACUCUUCCAUGUUUUCAGUUUUUGACCACAUUUCAUUCAAGCGAUGUUUGAUUCAAGAUGGGCAUGAUCUUUAUUUUAUAAAAUAAUUUAACUAAAUAUAAAUUUAAAGCCUCCAUUAUUCGGCACAUUCUUGAUUUAAUUAUUUUAGUCUGUAAAAUGUCAGAAAAAAUCGUGAAAUGUGUCCAUCACGCUGAACCCAGCGGCUGAGGUGGCAUCUACAAAUGUCGUCUUUUUGUCUGACAAAAAGUCCAAAUGUAUUCAUUUUGCAAUUAAUUAACAGAGAGAAACACAGCAAAUGCUCACAUUGGAGAAGCCUGAACUAAUGAAGCAAUUCAUCCACCAUCAAAAUGGGUUUUUAGUCGAUUUACAAAUGAACUAAUUGUUGUAGGUCUGAAAGCAUCAUGCAUUCAAAUCCACGGCUUGUUCAAGAUUCUUGAGCUCAAUAUUACUUUUUAGUCUCAUGUUAAGAUGAAUAUUUGAUGCAGUUUUCACUGAUAAGGUCUGUCUGGUUACUACAGGAUUGCCUCCAAACUGAUUUGGAGAUUCACUCUCAGGCCUCACGCCUUUUUGUUUGAUCUUUAAAGUGCUGUUUAUUUAUGACAUUAUCUGGAUUAACCUAAUGUUAGAUUUCAUUGCCUUGCAAACCACACAUUUUGUUUCUUUGACCUCCAUUUUAUUGGGGUGGAGGAUGAAAUUGUAGAGCGAGAUUACAAAACUUGGACACAUUAAAUCUUUCUGGCUAAAAUAAGAUGCAUUUUUGGGGAAGAAAUAUGUUUUUUUGGGUUAACUGAACCCUCAUCUCUAUCAGUUGACUCGCAUCAGUUGGUUUUCUACUUUAUCGUAAAUUCUAAGCUAAAAAAAGUUGAAAAUGUAGUCAGUUGUCCGGCUUCUUGCACCUGAAAAUGUAUGUCCGUCACAUGAGUAGCGGUUUCUCUUAUUUUUAAUGAUUCAAUAGAAAGAAUUAAAUGACGCUAGCCAUGAUCUGCAGACUGUAGAUUCACAUUCAGUUUCACUUUAUUUGUAAUUAAUUUUUUUUCUGUCAUGUUGCAGCAUUUUUCAGCCUGUCGGUGUGGUAUAAGUAGAAUACUAAUGUUUAAAAAAUGGCUCACGUCUGCUAUUGUUAGUGCUGGAAGGGAUGCUGUAUCAAUAUACUGUAGAAUGCAACAAUAUUCCACUGUGACGCUCAGACCGGCAGUUUAGGUCCUGCUUUAAAGACACGCUCACACAGUUUGGUUGAAUUUGUCUUUACACUCUGUGGCCAGUUUUGCACUUUGCCCUUCGAUGCUUAACUUUGUUUCAAAGGGGCAUGAAAGCUGGAACUAAACAUCACUCAAGGACAACUUCACCUCAGAGAUCUCCUGUGUCUAUAUUUGAAAUUAUACCGACAUUUAUACAUCACUACUUGUUUUUAUUGGACUGGCUAAGAAGUACCCGAACAAGUCAUGUUAUAUGUUUCAUUUCAUAAACCUCUGAACAUUCGGA